ACAGGGGUAUUACCUACUCCAAGAAUGACCAUCUUAUACUAUUAGAUACUUCUGACCGUUUCCAAAUUGGGAAAAUAGUUCUUCAUUUAGUGAAAGACAAUGAACCGUAUUGCAUUGUUGAAAUGUUUGAGGCCAUUCGCCUUCCUAAGUUUGGAGUUCAUAAAUUGGAACCAAUAAACGUCAACUGCUUUAAACUGCUAAAAUAUACUCAUGAAAUAUUUGAUUAUUAUCCAUUACCUACUUAUUUGGCAUUUGGGGUCACUUGCAUAGUAUUAAAACACACUGUACCAAUAAGAUCAUAAACAGGUGUAUGUGGUUAAUUUCUAGUGUUUCAGCAUGGAUAUUUCACACUUCAUUAAAGUGACCACCUGUAACGGUCGCAAGGUGGCAGUGCAUUGUGAUGGGAACACUUAUGAUGAAUUUUUGAAGAAUGUGAGUGAAAAGUUUAACAUCCCUGAAAAUAACAUAGAGAUCACUACCAGUGAUAAUACAGAGGUCGAUAAUGUGUACUUCAACGCAAUUGUUAAAUCUGUAGACCAACUUAAUGCAAGGGAUCGUACUGCAUGUGAAUCUAAAGCAUCAACUGAAUUUAGUCUACAAUCACCUCUACAAUCGCCAACGUCGUCAAUAAGUUCCAGGAGCUGUACCUCUCCGUUGGAGACUGGGACUCAAGCCACCAUACAAAUUCCAUGGAAUAAGAUUCCGUCGAGUCUUAAUCAGGCAUUUGAAGAGGAAGAGCUAAUAACUCGAAAACAACGAUGUUUGUUAAUAAAAAUAUUGUGGGAUGAGAUAAAACAAACCAAUCAAAGAAUCUCGAGGAAAAUCCUGAGAGAAGUGGCGGCAAAAGUUGUACGAAGACAUCCAAGAUGUUUCGAAAAACGGAUGGACGGAACGAUUUUGACUGACGGUAUCGAAGAACUGAUGUUAGCUUUAGAAGCGAAAAAAGACAACGAAAACCGACCAGAAUCUUGUGAAAAAUCCAAGAAACCACGCUUAGACAUUGAAGUCAUAAAUUCAGAGUCAUUUAAUCAAAAUGAACUUAAGGAUUUGUUUUUAAAAGAUAAACUGACUGAUGUGGAAAAACAGAAAGUUCGUGAAACAAUGAUAUCCACAUAUCAGGCACAAAGAAUAGAUUUCAUCGACAAAGAUACAACCAUAUGCAUGGUUAAAGCAAGUUGGCCAUUUAUAUUUCAAAGUGAUUACUUUUUUAAACACUUCGAAAUGUUAACCAGUGUUAAUUUACUGAAGUUGUUCAAUGGAAUCGGAGAAAUACAAAGUGUGCGAAUCUAUAAUUAUCUUGUUGCCCAGAAGACCUGUAAUCUUUCAGAAAUACAAAAUCUGCAGGAACAGCCAAAUAUAACCUGGACAUAUCAGAUGUUGACCCAGGUUUUUAAAGAGGAUCUUAAGGAAUUGAUAGUAUGUCAGGAUUCAUUGAAGACAGAUAAACUUCCGUGCACACCAUGCAUAGUUGGUAUUGGGCCAUCUAUAUUUCAUACUUCUAAAUAUGUGCUAGUUGUGGAUAAAGAACCCGUCACUACAGAUAUUACAUCACUUUCAGUGGCAAUGGCCAUGCAAUUUGCAGCCUUUUUUAUUUUCAAUAUUUGCUUUCCGAAAAAAGUUAUCAAUACUAUGGAUGCUUUCCAAAGGUUCAUAUUGAAGUUUAAAAAUGAGAACACUCCCAAAAAGUUGAAGAAAAAGACCUGUGUCAAUGAUCAAGUUCUUAAAUUUGCGUCCGAUGUAGCGAGGUACGAGGCCUUCCUUGAAUGUGGAGAGGUAUCCGAUUAAAGAAAUUUUUACAAUUUUUGCAAUUAACAUUUUUAGUGCCGUUACACCCCUCCAUAUCAUUAUCGUGGCCUAAAGUGAUAAACAUUUUUGUGAAAUCAUUAGUUACAAGUAUGUUUAUGAUGUCUUAGUGAUGAGUAAUGAUGAUGUCAUUAGUGAUAAGCAUUUGUUCAUGUUAUAAGUAUGUUUUUUAUAUCAUUAAUGAUGAGUAUAUUGAUGUCAAUAGUGAUGUGUAUGUUUUUGAUUGUCAUUCUAAGUAUGGUUGUGAUGGCUAUUAAUGAGGAGUAUGUUUCAUGUUCACAUUUGUUUUAAUGUGAGAUAUUGUUUUUAAUGUGUGUAAAGUUUUAUUUCAUUAUACUUUAUCAAGGUAUGAUAACUUUUAAAAUGAUUUUCUAUAACAAUUAUAUACACAUGGAAAAAAGUUAAAUCGACACCUAUAUUUUUCAAAAUGUCUUGUCU